GAGGGAGAGAGCCCCCAUGGUCCCUGGGCUCCUCCAGCCACCACUCCAGGGAUGUUGCACAGGGCCUGCAAAGUGGGUGGAGAGUGACCAGAGCCAGUCCAGAGCUCCCCAGGCCCGUGUGCUGCUUUGGCCUUGUCCACUGACAACUGGCAGCCAAGGCCUUACCCGACCCCCUUGCAGUGCCCAGUUCUCUAAGGCAGAGGAGGAUCCCAGCACACCAUGGAAAUGGGUCUGAUCUGAUCUGUGCUCCCCUCUAGAUGAGCAUGCUAGGAAGGCUUCUCCAGCAGCUUGGCUUAAUGAUGAUUUCCAGGGUCUUAACCCUCCACCAGUUUCAGGUGUGUCUGCAGGAAAGACUUUUCAGGCUCCUUUCCUGGUUGCUGCACACAAGCCCCGCUCCCAUGGCACGGGUCCUCCGAGAAGGAGGAACAAACCUGGAGGAGACAGGAAGUCCCUGGAGGCAUCCAAACAGAUGGACAGGAUCUGGAGUGACCUGGAGAGACAACGUGACAUGGAAGGAGAGAGUGUGCUGACAGCUGCAUUUCCCGGAGGAAGCAGUGGCUCCAUGGCAGCCUCUGCCCCAGGAAGGGAGGCGAUGCCAGGCAAAGGCCCCGGAGACUGGGAACGUGACUUCCAUCACUGGGAAACGCUGUUAAAGCACAGUUUAAGGAUGUUGGAGCUUGGUGAUGGUGAACCUGAUGAUGAAGACAAUCCUGAUGACGAAGAUAAUACGUUUGAUGAAGAUGAUCUGGAUUCCCAAUGUGUACCCAUUACUGAGCCUCUGGGAGAUGCUGAGGGUGUGUCUGCAGGGAGGACUUUGGUGGAUGCUGCACACAAGCCCCACUCCCAUCGCAGGGGUCCUCCAAGAAGGAAGAAGAAACCUACAGGAGCUCGUAAGUCCCUGGACAUUUCCAAACAUCUGGAACAAAAACAGAGUGGCGUGGACAGCCAGCGUGAUGCAGCCGAGAACUCAACAGAUUGGAAAAGCAUGAGAAGAACUUUCAGCUCGGAAACAUCCUUUUUGAUUACGUUGAUGGCCAUUGUGGCACCUGCAGCACUGUCCCUGAUGAUGUGCUAUGCCAGAAUCUGGUAUUGCUCGAAGAGAAAACGGAGCACCUCGGGAGAGGAGUUGGAAGACGGUGGCUGCACCUCACACCCAGCCAGCGUGAGCAGCUCCUCCAGCAGCAGGGACGGCCUGGACAGCCCUCUCAAAUGUUCUGUGAAGAGGAGCCCAGAACAACUGUCUACACGGAAACCUCCUUUUACCCCGUAGAUCCCACUGCCACCUGCUCUCCCCAUGGGCCUCCCCAAGCUGCCUUCAUCCCUUUUUUUCUCUCCGUCUGUCCCAUCCCAGCCAACUCGAGUUCCUCUAGGGACCCCAGGAUCAGCCCAGCACCUUCCAGCCCCUCCGGAGACCAACACAUCCCUUCCUCUGCCUCUGAGACCCCUUGCCUUGC